AUGGGUUCUCGUUCAAAAUUAAGCUCCGGUAGCUUAUCUAUGAGAAGAACAAGAAGAUCUACCACUCACAAAAAAACAUGCAAAUCUCAAAAUCUUGUUGACGUUGACGGCGGUUCCGUUUCUGAAAAAUUGGAGGCUUUGAAGCAGUUAAUUCCAGCCAACAAUGGUGAAAUCAAAGCUGACCAGUUGUUCAAAGAAACUGCUGAUUACAUUGUUCUUCUCAGAACUCAGGUCUUCGUUUUACAGAAACUCGUCGAUUUUUAUGGAUCAAAUACCGAUCAAAAUCCUGGAUUGAGCAGUUAUGGAAGAGCAAUAGCGAUAACAGAUUACACAUAA